UUCGCUUUCAUCCUAUCUUCGUCUUAACAAACUAUAAAUAUAAUAUUAUAUUCUACUUCACCAUCAUUCAGAAUAUUACUCGGUGUUUUUUUUUUGUUCAAUACCAAUUAUCACUUACGUUGAUCUGAACUGAUUCAUUUUACUAUCUGCAGUAAUAACUGAUAACGCUGAAAGCUGAUAACGCUGCCUCAUCAAAUCUAUAGCUUUUCGUUGUUUAGUUCUUAGCGAUAGCUCAAUUGGAGGUCGGAGAAAAUACCGAAGCCCUCUUCAUUCCAUUUAUUACUCAAUCUCCCAUUUUAGCAUUAAUUAAAAUUUCUCGGCAGUGAACUUUCCCAAAACUUCAAGUUUUCUAUACUUAAAGAUUUCAUGAAGCAUCAUGAGUGGGCCCCAGACAAAGCAUAAAAUUACUUGGAGACUCGUAUGGGCUACCCUCAUCAGUAGUAUGAGUACACUACAAUUCGGGUUUCAUCUUGCCGCUUUUAAUGCGCCACAAGAUAUUUUGUCGUGCCGAAAAAGUAUUCCUGGCCCAUUUGAACAAUACUCAGAUUCAUUCUGGGGAUCUUUCAAUAUUGACCAGUGCAUUCCCAUGGACUCGGGAUCCACGGCGGUCAUUAAUACAAUGUUCACUGUGGGUGGGCUUGUCUCGUCCACGAUUGUUGGGAGUCGAGCAAUAAAUGGCAAUUUCGGACGCAAGCAUUUGCAGGCUUCCUCUGCCUUGUUGUUUUUUGUGGGUUCGGCAAUAGUAUCCAUUUCUAGCACUGAAAUGGCUCUCAAUAUUGGCCGCUUUCUAACCGGUCUCGCUGCUGGCUCUUGCAUGGUCAUGGCACCUAUUCUUAUUAGUGAGUUGGCACCCGUAAAUCACCGUGGCUUGAUGGGGUCGUUGCUCCAAUUUGGUGUGGGACUUGGAAUAUUAAUCGCACAAGCAAUUGCUUUCCCAUGGAGCAAUGACCAGCAGUGGCGAAACAUUUUUCUUACCGGUGCUGUUUUGGGUCUCUUGCAAUUUGUCCUCUUGUUUACCACGGUGGAGUCUCCAAAAUGGCUCAUCUUGCAAAAGGGUGAGCUUUCCGAAGCUUGUGAAAUUCUUCAUACAUUAAGAACAAGUAAACUGGCUACACAUCGCGAGAUCAAUCACUACCGAAAGUUGUCCCUGUCUUCCGCACUAGCGAAUAGACCCACUUCCGACACAUUGCCUCUUUUGGAGAGCCAAGAACUUUAUCCUCAGGAUAUGGCUUCUAAAAACGUCACAUUAUCUCAAUACAUAUCGGGAGCCAAAUUUCGAAAAGAAUGGACUGCUGUGGCUAUCAUCAUGACGGCACAGCAGCUUUGCGGUAUGAAUGCUAUCACGUAUUACGGGGUAUCGGUAUUAUCUCACGUAGUACCAGAUGGUACAAACGUGCUUUUUCUUACCUCCGCCUUGGCUAUAACAAACGUCGUUGCUGCGCUUGCUGUGUGUCCAUUUAUUGAUAGAUGGGGCCGGAGACCGUUUCUUCUUUUAUCCAUGGCGAUUAUGACAUUUUGCUCCAUUGUUAUUUCCGCCGGCUUGAUGGGAAAUAGAAACAUUGUUGCUGCCAUAGGGUGCUUUGGUUUUGUCAUCGGUUAUUCUGUUGGUCUAGGUCAGAUCCCAUUUUUGAUGGUGAAUGAGUUGUCAAGUGUUGAAGCUGUGGGUAUGGCGCAGUCUUUGGGUACAGCGUCCAACUGGCUAGCAAAUAUAUGCGUUGCGCUUCUUUUCCCCUUAUUGCAAGGAAAGCUCCGCGGUCUGGUCUUUUUGAUUUUUACUGUAUUGGGAGCCUUCUAUUUCGGAGCCGUUUACAUCUGUGUACCCGAAACAAGAGAAAAAGUUGAGUACGAUGAGAUAUGGCAAGGGUUUAGUUAGUAUUCGACUUUUGUAUCACCCCAUAUGCUUGGUGACAUCAUGAUUAAUGGUUCCCGAGUUCGUUAAUAUAAGCACACUUUGAGUGUGUUGCUGCUCAAUCGGGGAACCAGACUGAAUUUCAAUUUUUUUUAUACUUCUAGGGUAUCAACAUAUAUGUAGAUGGUGAUACUAUCUGUAGCUACAAAAUAAACCCAAG